AUGAGCGACGAUGACUCAGAGGUUUUGAUCACCAAAGUGCGGGAACUCGGUUGCGGGAAAAGUGGGAGAUGCCGAUUCAGAUUUGAGCACAAAGAGAAAAAAGCGAAAGACAAGAAAAAAGAGAAGAAGAUGAAAGGAAAAAAGAGGAUGGCGGUGAUCAUUCGAAACCGGAUCACAUUGGAGGAAGAAAAGAGAGCCAAACAGCUCGAAAAGCAGGCGAAGAAGCAAGAAAAGAAGGAGAAGAAGAGGUUGAAGAUGGAGGCGGAACGACAGAAGCAGCUGGAAGAAGAAGCCAGGAUGAAGGCACAGCUUGAAGCCAUUGAGAUGGAGAAACAGAAGGAAAGGGAGGCGAAGGAAGAAAAAAAAAGAAAAGAGAGGGAGAAAAUGGCAGCCAUCAAGGCCGAAUUGGACCAGGCCGAAAAAAAACGGGCAGCGCAGGAGGCUGAGAGGGAGAAGCAGCGGGCUGAAGCCUGGGUCGCUCGCAUGAACGCGGAGGCCGACGCGAAGGCCGAAGAGAAGCAAAAAAAGGAGGAGGAGGAGGUGGCCAAGAAGAAGGCGGCCGAGGAGGCCGCGGCUGAGCGCAAGAAACUCUUCCGGACGAAGUCGCAAGUCAUGGCGGAGGAAGAGGAACAGCGACGGCAGGAACGUGCGCGCAGACAAGAGGAGGAGUUUGGCUGUGCCAUUGCCGGAGGCUUUGAGAAGGGUGAUUACGUCAUUGCACAGAAUAACAUGUCCGUUCAAGGCGAAAUCAUCGUGAAGAAGGGCACCCGCGGCGUGGUGAGGGGACCCAGCGAGACAGAUCCUCAGAACCGGGUCUCGGUGGCCUUUGACAAAAGGGAGAAGGCCGGUUACGCUCAGAUCAACGUGGUGCACUUUGAGAUUAAGGUGACGGACGCGCCGUUGCAAAAGGACCCCAAUGUCUCGGAGCUGAUUGAGAAGAUCAUGACGCCCAGGGAUGCGCGCAGCAAACAAGUGGUGAACGAACUGGAAGAAGACUGA